AUGCGUGGACCUCUUCUGAUUGCUACGUGGCUUCUGGUCGUCACUUCUGGAACCCCAACGACUACGACUAAGUCAUCGACACCAUCGACGACGACAACUACGAUUUCUCCAGAGAUUCGGAGAGCAAAGUUACCAGAAGUUCGGAAAAAUGCCCCGUGGGAGUGCGGAACAGACGAGUUCACCAAGUCGAUCAGCGAAGGCGAGAUUCUUUCAAAGUGUCCAAAUCUUCGAGAUCACAUGAACAGUUGCUGCUAUGAACACGACAAUUGUUACGAUGCACAAUCAGGACAAAAGUUCUGCGAUGACUCGUUUUGUUCGUGUCUUGAGCGUCGUUCCCGAAGUUCCAAAUCGUGUCACGACGAAUCGGCUCCAUUAUUCUGUGAUUUGGUCCGCACUUUUGGAGAAGAUGCCUACUUGGCUUCCGCCCCUAAUGCCACGACGACGACAGAAGAGAGUAUUGUCGAGAAGGACGACUACGACUACGAGUCUCACGUCAAAAACCUGAACAAUGCGACGUCUACAUCCGGAUAA